AUUGUGUUAUGAAAAUAUUAUUAUUAUUAUGGAUGACCAACAUUAGAUGCUCCAUGGUAUGUUACAAGUUCUAUGUAACUCAUCUCCUUAUAUUUAUUCUCCAUAUGACACAUUAGUUGCACAAUUGGGUGUUACAUGUAACCCCCCACCCCAUUUCUAUUUCACAUUCAUUCUCACAUUCAUGUAUAUUGAUUGUAAGAAUGUAGAGGUUAUGUGAUGUGUGCCUAUAAAUAGAUGGUCUCCUUGUACUAAGGAACACAUGAAUAAGAAAGCUCUAUUCCCCUUCUCUUCUUGUGUCUCUACUCUUACUCUUGUGUAUGUUCC